UGGAGUGUCAUUAUUGCAGAGUAAACCUAUUUUCCUCUGGAUAGAGUAGUUAUAACAAUGUACAGAGUAAAAUCGUCUAAAUAGUAGUGUCAAAAGUGAGAGUUAAGUCCAACAUGCACACAAUGACCAAAUCUACUCUACAUGGUGAUGAUUCCCCGCGGAAAAUCCUAGAACUGAACUGGAGCUCAAGCUGGCAGUGGCACGUUGGAAAUUGUCUCUUUCCCCACUAGCAGACCUAUCGUGAAAAUGCUGCUGCGUGUCUCGUUUGGCGGAGUGCAGAUGUACAUCAAGCUGCCUGAACUAACAUUCGGUGAUUUCUUGAGAGAAGUGAGUCUAAAAUGUAACAUUGCUGAAGACAGACGGUUGGACAUCAAGGUUUAUGACCAGUCUAACACAGAGGUCGACUCUGAGGUUUUUGAGGAGAUCGUACAAGAGUUCCAUGGACCUUUCCUAAUUUCAUUGGCCAAUGAAGCACCUGGUAACCCUCAGUCCACAUCAUCUCCAUGCUCUAUUGCAUCUGAAGACACAGUGAUCCUCAACUUCUCCUUGUGUGACCCAGCUGAGGAGCCAGUUGCAGCCGAAGGAAGUCAACCUAAAAGGCCUUGCCACAUUAACUAUGAAGCAAAAGCUCUGAUUGAAAAAAUCUUGACGACAAAGCCUGGAGGUGACCGUGUCAUGGAGGAGUAUGCGAAAACAAAAUCAAUUACAGAUUCAACCAGAAGACAGCUCAUCAACAUACUUACUGCAGAGAUGACGGAAACACAUGGGACAUCUCCGCCCCGGAGUGUAAAAGUGAUGUAUGCACAGGGGAUUGUCGCUCUGUUUCCAUACCUUGAAGACCCAUAUUCACAGAAUGGCUAUGAACAUUACUACGAUCCUGAAAGUGGUUCAGGUUACAUUGCAUGGCGGUUGAAGACAAUUCAACGAAAAGCUGCUGAGGAAAGCUCCUAAAGUUGGUGGGCCAGGCCAUGGGCGUACUAGACCCUUUACUGCCGACAGAGUCCUGACUGACGAGGAAGUGGAAUGUGCUAUCGCUUUGUUGAGACACUCUGCUGAUGAGGAGACCAUCCCUGAAAAGAUGAAAGUCACUUUCGUAUACCGCCACGCCAUGGUCAAUGAUGAGAACAAAUCAGCAGAGGUCUUCUCAGUAUUUCCACGGUUCCUAGACACACCAGGACUGAUAGAACAAGAUUUUAGAGUGAUGUUUGGUGAGCAGACUGCCAACAAGUUCCUGGAGAGGUGGCCUACCACUUUCAAAGCAGGAGUCAUUAAGGAAAGCCAUGGACUGGUCCCCUCCACAGACCUUCUUGAUUUAAUGCGCAAUGCUGAGACAUCUACUGAAGUUGAAAAAGACGGGAACAAGCGUGCAGCAGCAUCUUGACAACAUCGCUCAAAGCAGUCAGCCCUACCUCCUUGCUCAGGGACCCACAAAAAGCAGCAUUCACUCUUUCUUCAUUGCCAUCGACAAGCAUGCACUUCCAUGCCAAGCCACCAGCUCGGUUGGAACCCUGGAUGAGCUUCUCUUCAAGCUUCUCUUCAAGGCCCACUAUGUGUUUGGUACAUCUUACAGUCCUGUCUUGAACAACUUGUUCACUUUUCUGCAAACUUCCAUUUACAACAUUGACGUGGGGAAAACUAAGGAAACACCAAGAAUUGCAGAGUUGCGAGCAAGAAUGGUGCGUUAGGCACUCUUGAAAUUAAACAAUGAGGUGCUUUCUUUGCAGCAAUGUCUUUGGUGAAGCAAACAAUCUAGUAAAGCACCUCAAAGUAAUACAUG